ACCAACCACCACAUUUCAUCGAUGAACUCUGUUGAAGCUUAGGUUGGACUUUAGUGAACCCAACAUAAGGAAAAGCGCAUAAUAAAGGCUUCAUCACUUCAUCAUCAUCCCUUUCGGCUUGGACCCAUUGUUAGACUUAAAUACAAAACCCUUUCUUCUUCUUUUUUCUCUUUCCAAGUUGUAGUCUUUCUGGGUAUUCUGUUUGGGUUCUGGGGAUUUUGACUUUCCCGGGAAAGUUCGGGAAAAAUAAGAGAGAUGGUUAGAAUAAGGAAAAUACCACUGGACUUAACGCUUACUGAGUUUCCAGCUCUGGUUUCUAGCUGGUGGGACGAAGUCAAUGAAUCGACUCACUGGCAAGAUGGCAUCUUUUACACACUUUGCGCCGCUUAUGCCUUAGUUUCCUCCAUUGCUCUGAUACAAUUAAUAAGGAUCGAAUUGAGAGUACCCGAAUACGGUUGGACUACGCAAAAGGUUUUCCAUCUUAUGAAUGUCAUUGUGAAUGGAGUGCGUGCCAUCGUGUUCGGGUUUCACAAACAAGUAUUUUUAUUGCAUCCCAAGGUACUUAUAUUCGUACUCUUGGAUCUUCCAAGCCUUCUGUUUUUCUCCACGUAUACGUUACUAGCCCUAUUUUGGGCAGAGAUUUAUCACCAGGCAAGAAGCUUACCAACGGAUAAACUCAGAAUUUCUUAUGCGGCAAUCAAUGGUGUUAUUUACGUCAUACAGGUCUGCAUUUGGUUGUAUCUUUGGAUAGACGACAACAGCGUGGUGGAAUUCAUCGGAAAAGUAUUUAUUGCCGCGAUCUCAUUUAUAGCUGCAUUAGGAUUCUUGUUGUAUGGAGGAAGAUUAUUUUUCAUGCUAAAACGUUUCCCCAUCGAGUCAAAAGGAAGAAGGAAGAAGCUUAACGAGGUUGGAUCAGUUACUGCCAUUUGUUUCACCUGCUUCCUUAUUAGAUGCUCUGUGGUAGUUUUAUCGGCCUUUGAUUCAGAUGCAUCGCUUGAUGUUUUAGACCAUCCAGUUUUGAACUUGAUCUAUUACAUGCUUGUUGAGAUCCUACCUUCAGCUCUAGUAUUGUACAUCCUUCGUAAGUUGCCUCCGAAGAGAAUAUCCGCCCAAUAUCACCCGAUCCUUUAGUCGGGAUGCGUCUUUGUUCAUUGGAUUGUUCCAGUCGAGUGAGGGAAGCAAACCUCGAAAACCAUCCAGACGUAGAACUCAGCCUAGUCAAGAUGCCGACAAAAUCUUUAAGGGAAGCCAUUGUUGAUUUCUUCAUCGGUUACGUGAUCGAAUAGUCGGUUUAUCGACACUCUCCUCAUUAUUGGUCGACAAUAAGUAGAAGGAAAAUAUCUUCCUUGUAGAUUCAAUUUUGUACUUGUUUGCAUCAGUUUGUUCUUACAAAUACUUGGUCCAACUGAUAUCAGUUUUCUUAACCCAUGCAUUUGAUAAUAUUACUAAGGGAUAACUUCGCUUUAAGUUAUUGUUUAUAUUCUUAAAUUGGUCCUUCAAGUAGACUUCAAAACAUUGUAAUCGAGCCUUUAAAGUAUCAAUAUUUUAUCUAUUAGGUUCUUCCAUCAA